AUGCCAGAGAGCACUCAGCAACCCCAAACAGAGGAACAACAAGCUGGUGGUGGUGGUAUUCUGGCUAACCUUAAGUACUACGUGUUGGUUUACUUAGCCGUUAAUGCAUUUCUACAAUGGACGUCCCCAAAGAAAGACGAUGAAGGGGUUUCAUCAAGUAUUAAUUCCAUUGCGGAUAAGAGCAUAGCAGCUCUUCAGAAUUACAAAUUCUAUCCAAAUAUCGAUAAUUCAUCAUUUAUUAAUUUCGAACAGCCUGAAAAUUCCACAAUGACAGUUACAACUAAAGACAAAGAUGGUAAUGUUACAGAACAUGAAAUCAAAACAUAUGAACAAGCGUUAUAUGAAAACUCACUUUCACCACCAAGAUUUUUGACACCAAUUGCUAAAGAGGAUGAUCUUGUCUCGUAUGAAUUCUAUGUUAGUGAAGAUCCAUAUUUCCAAAGAGUUCAAGGUGAUUAUAAACCAGUGAUUAAACUGGAUAACAUUGAGAUAUCAAAAGCUAAAUCAGUAACAGAGUCAUUCAAAUUUCCAAUUUCAGAUACAAUCAAAGUGAACAAUGGGUCCGUAUAUCUAUACGCGUAUAUAAUUUAUGAUAAUCUAGAUGUCAUUGGAUCCAAACAAUUUCAAUUGAGUACCUAUUUACCAAAGAAGAAAGAAAUCAAAUUACACAAAUUAGUGGGUAAUAAUGAUGAAGAGUUAGAUGAAAAUGUCAAUAAAGCUUCUGAAGAGCAAGAAGAAGAUGCUGGUGAGCAACCAAUAUUAUCACAUUGGCAUCCAAAUGUUACAAUUGCAAUAACAAACUUUCCAGGUCUACUCGAUACUCAAAAUUUACCACCUUCAGUAGUUGAUAUUUUCCCAUUGGACCCGUUGGAUCGCCGGGAUAACUUAACUGGUUUGGUUACUCAAUACUUUCCAUUAUUAUACCAAAAUAAGUUCUGGCAGUUAAAAGACCAUAUGAACGAAAUAAACUCAACAACCGAAGAAUUAGAAUUGAAUUUACAUAUUGAUUUUACUAGAUUCUGGAAAAUUCAAGCUUUGAUAGUGGUUGGUGAGGGCUUGAAGCAACAACAGGAUAGUCCACUGGCCGCAGCCAGUAGUGGGUUGAGUGAUGGUUCAGAGAUUGAUGCAGUAAAAAAGAUUUUAUUAGAUACAAACCCAUAUUUACUAGCAAUAACAAUUGCUGUCUCAUUAUUACAUUCAUUACUAGAGUUUUUAGCUUUCAAAAAUGAUAUUUCACAUUGGAGAAAUAAGAAAGAUAAUGUUGGCAUUUCAGUUCGCUCAAUUGUGGCGAACGUCGUUCAGCAAAUUAUUACCUUGUUAUAUCUAUUAGAUAACAGUGAAGGCACUUCAUUUAUGAUCUUAGCAUCACAAGGAGUGGGUAUACUGGUUGAAGCUUGGAAGAUCACCACCGUUUUGAAAUUUGAGGUGUCAUGGAAUGGUGCCAUACCAUCUGUCGAAAUUUCCGAUAAAUAUAAAUUGACUGAAACAGAGGAAAAAACUAAAGAAUACGAUUCAAUUGCUUUUAAAUACUUAUACUGGGUCUCAGUACCAUUAUUAUCAGCCUAUGCUGUUUACUCAUUACUAUACAAGGAGCACAAGUCAUGGUACUCAUUUGUUGUUACUACAUUAGUUGGUUUCGUUUAUACAUAUGGUUUCUUAACUUUAGUUCCAUCUGUUUAUAUUAAUUACCGAUUGAAAUCAGUUGCCCAUAUACCAAAGAAAGCCAUGGCAUAUAAAUUUGUUAACACCUUUAUUGAUGAUUUAUUUGCAUUUGUUAUUAAAAUGCCUUGGCUUCAUAGAUUAGCUACAUUGAGAGAUGAUGUUAUUUUCUUGAUUUACCUUUACCAAACCUGGAUUUAUAGAGUUGAUUAUUCAAGAAUCAACGAAUUUGGUCAAGUUGGUGAAGAUGACGCUGAGGUUCAAGAUAAGAUUGAUGAUAAAAACGCAUCAAAUCAAAAGGAAACCAAAAAGGCGAAAUAA